AAUAAUUAAGCUGUGUACAUAAAAAAGGAAAUAAAAAAGUGUGGUUAGCUCUUCUCUGCUCUCUUAAUUCCUUCACCGGAAAAAAAAAAGAAUAAAUAUGAGCAGUCUGAGCAGCGUGGAGGCGAAGCUGCCGCCGGGAUUUCGGUUUCACCCGAAAGAUGAAGAGCUUAUCUGCGAUUAUCUCCUCAAAUGGAUCACCGGCUGCCCCCACCCUCUUCCUCUCUUCAUCCAAGUUGACCUCAACAACUGCGAGCCUUGGGAUAUUCCAGAGUAUGCAUGUGUGGGGGGCAAGGAGUGGUAUUUCUACAGCCAAAGGGACCGGAAAUACGCAACCGGGCUGAGAACAAAUCGGGCCACGGUGUCGGGCUACUGGAAGGCCACAGGCAAGGACCGGCCCAUAAUCCAUAAGGGUUCCCUAGUCGGUAUGCGGAAGACGCUUGUAUUCUACCAGGGCCGGGCCCCCAAAGGCCGGAAGUCGGAUUGGGUCAUGCACGAGUUUCGCCUCGAAGGGCCCGGCCCGAAAUCCGUGUCCUCCGUUAAGGAGGAUUGGGUUCUAUGCCGAGUGUUCUUCAAGAGCAGAUCAGAAACCUCAGUGAGAUCAGAGGAAAUCGCCGGGAGCACCAGCAACGACGUCGUAUCGUCCUCCCCAUCUCUGCCACCGUUAAUGGACCCCUUCUUCUCAUUCGACGCCAAGGAUCAGUAUAAUCACGAGCAGGUGCCCUGCUUCUCCAUUUUCAACACCAACCAAACAAACCCUAAUUUUUCGCUCCUCGACCACAUGGACCCGCCGCCGAUCCAGGAUCCUUCUACUUGCGAUAAGAAGAUGAUCAAAGAUGUUUUGAACCAUCUGACCAAAAGGGAGGAUCAGACCAGUAUAAGAGGCGGCUCGCCGAGCUUCGGGGAAGGGAGCUCCGACAGUUAUCUGUCGGAGGUGGUUUGGAAUAACUACUCCUCAUGUUAGUUCUUGGAAACAUAUUGUGUUGUGUUUUGGAAUUUUCAUCUUGCUAGAUUGGAGUUUUGACGUCAAGAAAGAUUAAUGUUGGGCUUGGUAGGUAUAGGUUGUAUCUAUGUGCAUAUGAAAAUGUUUGGAUUGUGCUAAGGCUAGAAAUUGUGAGAUCAAUUUAAUUAGUACCAUGCCUAAUUUCAUUUG